AUGAACAACACAGUGACUAGCUGGCGCGGAUUGCUAAGCAUUCAUAUGCCACCAUACUACAAUUCAAUAAUCAAGGGUGUGUCAACAGUCAUGGUAUCCUACUCAAGUCUAAAUGGAGUCAAAAUGCAUGCAAAUCAUCAACUUGUCACCAAAUUCCUCAAAGGCACUUUGAGAUUCAGGGGAUUUGUUAUAUCGGAUUGGCAAGGAAUAGACAAAAUCACCUAUCCACAACAUGCCAAUUAUACAUACUCAGUUCUAGCAGGGAUUAACGCUAGCAUUGACAUGAUUAUGGUUCCUUUCAACCAUACAGAAUUCAUUGAUACUUUAACCUCCUUGGUGAACAACAACUUCAUUCCAAUUAGUCGGAUCGAUGAUGCUGCCAAAAGGAUAUUGAGAGUUAAACUCAGCAUGGGCCUCUUUGAGAAUCCUAUGGCUAACCAUAGUUUAGUUGAUCAACUUGGAAGCCAGGCUCACAGAGAUUUGGCGAGGAAGGCUGUGAGAAAAUCACUUGUACUAUUGAAGAAUGAAGAAAAUGCUGAUAACCCUGUACUUCCACUACCUAAAAAGGCAUCCAAAAUCAUAGUUGCUGGAAGCCAUGAUAACAAUCUUGGAUUUCAAUGUGGUGGUUGGACAAUAACUUGGCAAGGACAAGGUGGCAAUAACCACACUGUCGGAACCACAAUCUUUAACGGGAUCUCAACUGCAGUUCAUCCAAGUACAUAA